UCCUGCCUCAGCCUCCCAAAGGGCUGGGAUUCCAGGCACCCCUUGGCCACCUUCUUCCACCUGUUUUUCCGAGUGAGUGCCAUCGUCACCUACGUGUGCUGCGACUGGUUCAGCAAGAGCUUUGUGGGCUGCUUUGUCACCGUGCUGCUCCUCUUGUCCUUGGACUUCUGGUCUGUGAAGAAUGUGACCGGAAGACUCCUGGUGGGCCUCCGCUGGUGGAACCAGAUAGACGAGGAUGGGAAAAGCCACUGGGUCUUUGAAGCCAGGAAGGGCUCGCCGAGCAGCAUCACCGCCACAGAGGCCGAGGCGCGGAUCUUCUGGCUGGGCCUCAUCAUCUGCCCUGUGAUCUGGAUCGUGUUCUUCUUCAGCACCUUGUUUUCCUUGAAGCUCAAGUGGCUGGCUCUUGUGAUCGCUGGGAUUUCUCUCCAAGCUGCCAACCUGUAUGGCUACAUCCUUUGUAAGAUGGGAGGUGAGAGUGACAUCAGCAAGGUCACGGCCAGUUUUCUGUCUCAGACAGUGUUCCAGACGGCCUGCCCAGGUGACCUUCAGAAGCCUGGCCUGGAGGGGCUGGAGAUUCACCAGCGUUAGGCCUGCUUACUUUCAGAGGCAGAAAAGGCCCAAGUGGGAGUUUCUACAAUCCAACAAGCUUCCCACAGAGCAGAAUCCCACAGCCCAUAACCUGUGUGUUUUUUACAUGAAACAGGCCUUGCUGGAAAGGUUUGAGGAGGGGUUUUUAUUUUUUAAAUGGCAUACUUGGAAAGAAUGCCCUUUAUGUGUGUUCUGAAGAAAAGUGUACAAAUAUUCAGUGAUUAAAGUCUCUCUGAGAAAGUGGCUACAAA